AUGUUCCCUCAGCGCAACAUUGCUCGCCUGUCUCAGCGUGCUUCGCAGCAGCUGCGAUCCGCUCCGGUCCGCUCGACCGUCCAGCGCCGCUUCAACAGCGCUGAGUCUAAGCCCUCGUGGAUCGCCGACAACGAGUUCAACCGCGAGCGCGCUGCCGUCAAGCACCACGCCGCUUCCACCAGUGAUCUCUGGCGCAAGCUGUCCAUCUAUGCCGUCAUUCCCUGCCUGAUCGGUGGCGGUCUGAACGCCUACAACCUCUGGUCCGAGCACUGGGAGCACUGGUCCCACGAACCCCCGCUCGAGGAGCGCACCGAGUACCCCUACCAGAACAUCCGUGUGAAGAACUUCCCCUGGGGAGACGGUGACAAGACCAUCUUCUGGAACUCGGAUGUCAACUACCACAACAAGGACAAGGCCACCUAA